AUGGCUUGCCUGCACGUAAACGCUCCGGAGCUGCGUGCUCCGGCACCCAGCCAGUCCGUCUACCGCGAGGACUGCACCCAGUGCUUCGACUCCAUUGAUGACCCCUCCGGCCUCGAUGUCUGCCUCUACUGCUUCAACGGCGGCUGCACGAGCGAUCGCAACCAUUCCCGCCUGCACUACGAGUCCCGCAAGCACCCUCUCGUGCUCAACAUUCGCCGCACCCGCAAAAAGGUCAAGAGGGACGAGCCGCCCCAGAAGAUGACGAAGCUCGCCAUCGCCGCCGAAACCGAAGAGGACCGCUACGAUACCACUACACAGGUCAGGUGUUUCGAGUGCGGCGUAGACGUCGACAAGACCGCCGGUAAGCUGUCUGGCGUGGUCGACGCUGUGCUCAAGGCCAACACCUUCGCGCGCCAGGAGGAAGUUAAAGCUUGGGAGCAGGAGAUGAUUCCUUGCGAGCACACUCUCUGCUUGGAGCAACAGCCUGCGAAGAAGAUCGAGUCGCAAGACCUGGGUCAUUGCUCCAUGUGCGACCUCAAGGAGAACCUUUGGCUGUGUCUGACCUGCGGCAACCUCGGUUGCGGACGCGCACAGUACGGUGGCGUGGGGGGAAACUCGCACGGGUUGGCACACAGCGAUGCCACCGGCCACCCGGUGGCGGUCAAGCUGGGCUCGCUGACGGCCGACGGCACCGCGGACAUUUACUGCUACUCUUGCAACGAGGAGCGCGUCGACCCUGAGCUGCCUGCUCACCUGUCGCACUGGGGCAUCAACAUUGCAGAUCGGCAGAAGACGGAGAAGAGCUUGACCGAGAUGCAGAUUGAGCAGAAUCUCCGGUGGGAGUUUUCCAUGACCACGGAAGACGGCAAGGAACUGAAGCCCAUCUUCGGCCCUGGCUUCACGGGGCUGAAGAAUCUCGGAAACAGCUGCUACCUCGCGAGUGUCCUGCAGGCUCUGUUCUCCAUGCCCGAGUUCCAAGAACGCUACUACCAUCCCAAGGACACGCCUCCCCCGGCGAGCGAUCCCGCCCAGGACCUGGAGACCCAGCUGCGCAAAAUCGCAGACGGUCUCAUCUCUGGCCGUUACUCGAAGCCCGACAGCGACGUCGUCGCGUCGGAGGACACUCCUGAAGUGCCCCACCAGAAGGGUCUCGCGCCUGCCAUGCUCAAGCACCUCAUCGGCCGGGGCCACCCCGAGUUCUCUACCAUGAGGCAGCAGGACUCGUUUGAGCUUCUGCUGCAUCUCCUGAAAUUGGUCACCCGCACACCCCACCCUGCGCCUCUCAAAGACCCCGUGGACGCCUUCCGCUUUGUCAUGGAACAGAAGCUGCAGUGUUUGAGCUGCAAAAAGGUGCGCUACAGGACGGACGAGAUGGAGAACAUCUCCAUCCCGGUCCCCAUCAGGAGGAUCCCCAAGGACGACAAGAUGGAAGCCGUGGACGCGAAGGGGAAGGAGGUCGAGAAGGAAGAAUUCGAGCCGGUUACCCUCAAGGAGUGUCUGGACAUCUUCACCGCCUCCGAGGUCGUCGAGCUCACUUGCGCCGCGUGCGGCAGCAAGGAUGGGUUCACGAAGCAAAGUUUGUUCAAGACGUUCCCUUCUGUGCUCGCGGUCAACGCGCGCCGCUUCGAGCUCGUCAACUGGGUCCCGACGAAGUUGGAUGUGCCGGUGGUCAUUGGGGACGAAGCGAUCCCCUUCGACGCCUACAAGUCGCAUGGUCUCCGGGAGGGCGAAGAGCUGCUACCGGAAGAUGCGGACGCCGGCGCUCCGAACAAGUUCGUCCCCAACGAGGCUGCUUUGGGAAUGCUCGAGGCGAUGGGCUUCCCUCGGGUACGCUGCGAGAAGGCGCUGCACGCGACAGGCAACGCCGACCCUGAGGCCGCGUCUAACUGGCUCUUCGCGCACAUGGAGGACCCGGAUAUCGACACGCCAGUGGAGCUGAGCGUCGGAGGCGAUGGCGGAGCGGGAGCGGGAGCGAUCGACCCGGAAAAGAUAGAGUCGCUAGGCGCCAUGGGCUUCGCGGCUCCACAGGCACGUCAAGCGCUCAAGGAGACGGGCGGAGAUAUGGAGCGUGCAGUCGACUGGCUCUUCAACCAUCCCGAAGCAACGGGCGACUUCGGCGAGGAUGAGGGUGCCGAGGCCUCGGCCCCGAAGGAGAAGGCGGAGCCUGGCUCGGGCGAGCUGCCUGCGAAGUUCCAGCUGCAGUCGAUUGUCUGCCACAAGGGCAGCUCGAUCCACGCAGGGCAUUACGUUGCGUUCAUCCGGAAGCAGAUCCCGGGCGAGGAUGGGGCGUCCUGGGUGCUGUUCAACGAUGAAAAGGUGGCCAAGGCGGGCGACAUUGACGAGAUGAAGAAGUUUGCGUAUGUUUACUUUUUCAGGCGCGUGUGA